GUUUCACAUGAAACAAAAGUUGUAGAAAUGUCGAAUGAGUGUAAAAUGGACAAGGUGUUUUCAAGUGUUGAUAUUCUCAGCAGCAAACAGAAUGCUAUACUAUGUGCCUUAUCAAAACAUUUGGCCAUAGACACAUUAGAUUUUUCAUGGUGGAAUCUGCGAAUUUUCUUCUAUCUGUUAGUUUUUGUUAGUGUUAUUCUAAUAUUUAUUUACCGCUCAUUUAAAUUAGCAAAGUUUUACAUGAAUUAUGACAAUGGAGUACUAGCUUUGAAUAAAGCUACUUAUGAGAAUGAUACUCUUACUGCCUUGCAAUUGGCAAGUAAAUAUCCAUGUGCUAUUAAUAAACCUAUAGGACCAGACCAGUUUACUCCAUUUUUGAGAGCUUGUUUUCAUGGCAACACUCAAUUGGUAAAGUAUAUGCUGCAACAUGGAGCCGACGUGACUUCGAAAACAAUAAAAGGAGAGACGGGAUUGUAUUUGGCUGUGUAUAAUAGGAUAAAGAAUAGGCAUCAUAAGGAUGCAUCCUGCAUACAUACCCUUUACCAUGCAGGAUCUGAUAUCGAGGAAACGAACAUGAAUGGUUUUACUGCUCUUCAGGUUGCUGCGAUAUUUGGACAUACUUCCUUAGCAAAGUGGCUUGUCAAGAAGAAUGCAAAUAUAAAUGUGAACCCGUCGCCGUAUAUCCUAUCAAAAACUGCCGGACACUAUGAGACAACUGAAUUUUUCAAAACUUUAGGGUAA